AAAAAAGUCAACUCGAAUUUAGUCGCUUUUUGAUGAAGCUUUCAGCGGGAAAAGAUUUGCAAAUUCAACUAUUUUAGUUUGAUCCACUAAUUGAUUUUUGCAUAAAACAUUUCUGGGAUUUUAUUUCCUAUUAGCAAGUAUUGUUCACUGUGCAAAUACGAAAGGCCAACGAGCGAUUUUAAUAUAUUAAUUCCCGCGUAUUAUUGGUCGGUUCUGUCACAAAGUCAAACUUGUGUAAACAUCACUUAACUUUUGUGAGAUAUCGCUUAUGCAAAUUAUCGGCGCCAGUCGACAUUUUCUUGUUUGCUGUUAUCCGACAGGAAAAAUAAACACUUAGAGAAACCCUUGGUUUAAAAUGGGCAUCCUGCUUUUAUUGGACGGAAAAAAUGGCGGAUAGAAGAAGAUGGCUUUUUUGUGUCCAUCUCAAUUAACAGUCAAAAAGAAAGUUCUACAAGGAAAAGCUCCUUAUCCGGACACAUACCAACUGAAUGGAGACAGUUCGCCGGGCGUAGAACACAAAUCUGCUCUGAAAAGUCCGCGUAGUUCCACGGAUUCAAGUCAUAAAUCAAACCACAGAACCGUUCGCAUUGAUGAAGCAGCGCUCAAUAAGGAGUCUAAAGUCGAACGUAAAAUACGAACUGCGACAUACGACAGGCCUGCUAACAUAAGGGUGAAGGCUGCUCAUGACUACAGCUCGGAGGACCCGGAAGAACUUAACCUGUCCAAGGGACAAACUGUAAAAAUCUUGUACCAACAACACGACUGGCUUUACGUUGUUGAUUUGUUCGGAAACGAGGGUUUUAUUCCAUUCUCCUAUUGCUCCGAUUUUAAUAACUCUAUCGACUCAAAAUCAAGUACUUCGGGCUUUACCGAUAGCCACGAAGAAAGCGAUGAGAUCGAAAAAGCGGCGGAGCGACGAAAGAUCGACCGCUUUUCCAAACAUCGUAAUGACAAGCAUAAACACAAUUCAAAACAAAAAACACCGGUGGUGUAUUUCCCUAAGCGCCCUUACGGUCCGAAGCUGACGGUGUUGUUUAACUACAAAGCUCGGUAUGAGAAUGAUGUCAGCGUGGAGCGAGGUGAAUAUGUGAUGUUAUUGAAUGACCAGGAUGCGGACUGGCUCUGGGUAGCUACUGAAGAUGGCGAGGAAGGGUUCAUACCAAGGACUUUCGUCAUAUCACACGCUUGCGAAGGUUGUCGGAGAAGACUAUCUCAAGAGCCAUCGUCUUCGUCCUCAUUCAAUAGAAAGAACAUAUCGCCUCUUGGAAACGGCUCCGUUUCUGCAUUGACAAAAGACACUAGUUUACACAAAGUAACAACAGACAACACUUCAAGCAACAGCGAUAAACAGAGCGAGAAAUGCAACGUUAAUGGUCAUACUCGCAACAGCAGAAACAGCACACCACAUGGCUCAAAAAUGAAUCUUCACAGCAGUCAAACAGAACUGAAUCCUGUGUACAACAGUUCCCCUACACUCACCGAGAUCACACCCUCCAGCCCUGAACUUACCCCCAUCAGCAGCGAAUUGGCACCCUCCCUUGACCACUCCCUUUUGAACGGCGACAUUUACUCCUCGGAUAUAACUCCUACAAGCUCAAGUUCCGCGGAUGUUGAGCCCAAGUCUCGUAACUUGUCGGACGCCACAUCGUCAGCCUCGAGCGAUAAGAAACUUGAACUGAAAGGGUCACGCCUGAUUUCUCUGUAUGAAUACGAGGGGAGUGCAUUUGAUGAUCUGACGGUACAUGCGGGAGAGUACGUCUAUGCAAAUCUGAAGGACCAGAUCGUACCCAAAUGGAUAUGGGCUUACUCGCCCUACAGAAAACGGUCGGGUUUUAUACCUGAGGCGUAUUUGAAAGAACCGGUAGUUACCGAUAUUUAAUCUAGCAGGCCUGUUGCUCUGGAGUCAUUAGGAACUUAACGCGGGGAACCUGUGCUCUAUUCAAUUGUGUAUUUGUUUAUGUUACCCAGACAAAAUAGAUGGAUAAAGUUUAGACUUUCGA